GCAGGCAGCAACCGACUAGCUGGACCCAGAAGUGCCGAGAGAAAGAAGGAAGGAAGGAAGGAAGAUUGCAUGAUUCUGUAGGACCUACCCUGAUCUCGGCUAGAGGGCAGCUCCCUCGGUCUCCCAUCCUCCAGAUGUGAUUCUUUGGGACUCUGAAGAAGUUUCAGAAAGUAGCAAGGUAAAAAAGGAAAGGAGAAGAGAGGAGCUGGCUGCUUUUCCAGAGAUGACCUGGUAGGACUGAGGACCUGGAAGGAUUCCCCCCCCCCCUUCGCUUGGCCUCCCACCAGGAUUUUUCUAUAAUUCCUCCCCUCCUUUCAACAAAUUGGCAACCACCCUUUGGCUCUCGGACACAUCAUUUUCAGAGUCCAGAAUUAUGCUAGACAAUUUUAAAGGGUCUUUGAGGAUUCUGAGUUCCCUCGUUGUGCUUGGAUUUCAGCUGGUCAUUCCACAGCCUUCCAUCGAUCACAGAAAGGUACCCCAAAGGAUAAAAGAUGGGAACGUUGCCCCAGAAGAAGAGAGUGGAGGAAUCCCGGGGGUUUGGGGCAGUUGGGGACCUUGGUCAGCUUGCUCCAGAAGCUGCAGUGGUGGAGUGAUGGUGCAGAUGCGGCCAUGUCUUCCAGGAUACUACUAUGACAGGAGCUCUCACAAUCCUGGGCAGUACUCUGCUUCGGGGAGGGCACUGGCUCACCUCCAGCAACUGCCUCAAGAAGACUCCCUGCCUCCUUUCUCUGGUCACGUCAUCUCGGCCAUCCGUACAUCGGUGCCUCUUCACAGGAAUGAGGAACCGGCACGGGCUGCCCUCUCCUCCUCCUCUUCCUCCUCCUCCGGAGGACGCAAUGACACCUACUGGAGCCGAGCAACUUCAAGAGGGGCUCAGGUUUCUCAGUCCCGAAGACGUAGCCCCAAAUCAGAAAGAAGAGGCCGGAAGAAAAGCGCCAUUGGACCUGGGAAAUAUGGCUAUGGAAAAGUUCCCUACAUCCUCCCGCUGCAGACGGACACGGGACAAUCGGCACAUAAGCCCCGAAAGCAACGUCAGUCCAUGCAACCUGCACCCAACCAACAAGGGACUGGUGGCAUCUCCACUUUUGCCCAUCCAGGAAGCCCUUCCCAUCAUCAUCCUGGAGGAACGUACCAAGGUGACCACCGAUCUUCUCCAGCCAGGACUCAGGUUGCGAGUAGCUCUUUCUAUCAACAGCCAGGGUCCCAUUUUCAAGCCUUCCCAGCAGCAUCUCAAAGCUUGUUCCAGGGUGGAGAACGGAGCGGGCAUCUCCCUAGAGCAUCUCAUCCGCCCAUCCAAGGGCAGAUGUCCACUCAGCCGGCUGCCGCAAUUGUGUGCACUGGGGCCUACAAGCAAUAUAGACUCUGCAAUACGAACGCCUGCCUUGAGAACAGAAACAUCAGAGAGGUACAGUGCGCGUCGUACAACAACAAACCAUUUAUGGGCCGUUUCUACGAGUGGGAGCCAUUUGCUGAAGUGAAGGGCACUCAGAAAUGUGAACUCAACUGCCGAGCGGUCGGCUAUCGCUUCUACGUGAGGCAGGCGGAGAAAGUUAUCGACGGGACACCAUGCGAUCAAAAUGGAACCUCCAUCUGCGUGUCGGGGCAAUGCAAGAGUAUUGGCUGCGAUGACUACCUGGGUUCCGAUAAGGUGGUGGACAAAUGUGGAAUCUGUGGAGGGGACAACACAGCCUGCAGGGUGAUCUCAGGAGUCUUCAAGCACAGCCUGACCAACCUUGGCUACCACAAAAUAGUAGAAAUUCCAGAAGGGGCCACCAAAAUCAACAUCACAGAGAUGUCCAAGAGCAACAAUUACUUGGCACUACGGAGUCGAUCAGGACGUGCUAUCAUCAAUGGGAAUUGGGCAAUUGAUCGACCUGGGAGAUACGAGGGAGGAGGAACAAUGUUCAUCUAUAAACGACCCAACGAGAUCUCAAGUACUGCCGGGGAAUCCUUUUUAGCAGAUGGCCCAACCAAUGAAAUCUUAGAUGUCUAUAUGAUUCAUCAGCAGCCCAAUCCAGGUAUACAUUAUGAGUACAUUAUUCCAGGUCCCAACACCAUCAGUUCCCAGGUGCCUCUUCACAGACGGCCAGGGGAGCCAUUCAAUGGCCAACUGGAUGUGACAGAAACCGUGAAUUAUGAGGAGGAAGAUUUGCAUCAGGAGACAAGCAGUCACCCGAGACAACCAGGGAUGAGUCAGCCUGGAAGAUUUCCUUCCCAAGUUCCAGACAACCAAGUCCCUCCUGUCGGUCAGCCUCCGAGACGCAGCCGGGAACAUAACUGGAAGCAAAUCGGAAUGACUGAGUGCAGCGCGACUUGUGGGAAAGGGGCGCAAUAUCCCAUCUUCCGCUGCGUGCACAGAAACACUCACGAGGAGGUGGCUGACAGCUCCUGUGACGUCAACUCCAAGCCCACCCCGGAGGAGGAACCUUGCAAUCUUUUCCCUUGCCCAGCCUUCUGGGAUUUAGGAGAGUGGUCCGAGUGCAGCAAAUCCUGUGGCCUGGGGAUGCAGCACCGCCAAGUUCUCUGCCGGCAAGUCUAUGCCAACCGCAGCUUAACGGUUCAGCUGCACCGAUGCCAACACUUGGAGAAACCAGAGAGGACAAGUACGUGCCAACUGAAGAUCUGCAGUGAAUGGCAAAUUCGGACAGAAUGGACAUCGUGUUCAGUUCCGUGUGGAGUUGGCCAGAGGACCCGGGAUGUAAAAUGUGUCAGCAACCUUGGAGAUGUUGUUGAUGAUGAGGAAUGUAACAUGAAGCUACGGCCAAAUGACAUUGAGAAUUGUGAUAUGGGACCCUGUGCCAAGAGCUGGUUCCUUACGGAAUGGAGUGAUCGGUGCUCGGCAGAAUGUGGUUCUGGCGUCCGAACCCGUUCCGUGGUCUGCAUGACCAACCACAUCAGCAGUUUGCCACUGGAGGGUUGCGGGCACAACAGACCCACGGAAAGCACCCCCUGUGACAACGGGCCUUGUUUGGGGAAAGUCGAGUGGUUUGCUGGCAGCUGGACUCAGUGUUCCAUCGAAUGUGGCAGUGGCACCCAGCAGCGGGAAGUCAUCUGUAUUCGGAAAACGGAGAACCAGUUUGAGAUGCUGAAUCCCCACGAGUGCGCCUUCCUGCAAAGACCACCCAGCCAGCAGAGCUGCUACCUCAAACCUUGUGGUGCUAAAUGGUUCAGUACCGAAUGGAGCGCUUGUUCCAAGUCUUGUGAAGGGGGCUUCCGAAUCCGGGAGGUGCGAUGUCUUUCAGAUGACAUGUCCCCCAGUACCAAAUGUGACUCCCAGCUGAAGCCGGUGGAGAAGGAGUCCUGCAACACCCAGGACUGCGUGCCUGAAAUAGAUGAAAACUGCAAGGAUAACUACUACAACUGCAAUGUUGUGGUUCAAGCCCGCCUCUGCGUCUACACCUAUUACAAGACGGCCUGCUGUGUGUCCUGUUCCAGAGUGGCGAAUCGGCAGUCGGGCUUUUUAGGGAGAAGAUAACAGCUGCUUCGUCCUGGGCUUUGGACCUGUGCCUCAGUUCUCCCAAGCUGCUUUCACAACACUUCUACCUUCCCAAGAGUGGUUCUUUUUUCCCAUAAUGAUGGAAGGGGCGAUGGAAGCACCUUUGGGGGAUACCACUAACACACACUGUAUUAAAAACUUUGGGGAAACCCAUGCUGUAAUGCUGGACCUUCAAAGCUUUAGGCGUGAGGAGACACACUGAUGGAUGGAUGGAUUUAUUAUGUGCCAUCAAGUUACUGAUGUCUCUUAGCAACCUCAUAGGUUUUCUCCAUGUCAAUCUGUUGUCUCUAACCUGGUCUUUCAGCUUUUCAGGAUGCGUGACAAUAGAGGUAGUCUUCAAACUUACAACCAGAAUUAGGACCAGAAUGUCCGUUGUAAGUCAUUGCGGUUGUAAAUUGACAGUAGAAGGCACGGGGGGGCUGAUGGAACAUCUGGCACUUCUAAAACGAAGUGGGAGAGGUCUUUGCAUUGUCACUUUUGAUGAAGCUCAUCUGAUUGGGUGUUGCCCCAGGCAAAGUGACUUGAUCAUUAGCGGUUGACUUUGUUAGAGGUGUUGUCCAAGCAAGACUACCUGGCAUCUCACAGUCUCUUUGAAGGGCAAGGAUAGAUAUGGAAAAUCAUCCAAACAACUCCUCGUUGACUUGAGUCAAGUUGACCUACCCAACCCAUGUUCUCUUUGACUUCUGAAAAGGCAGCUUCAUGGAGGACUGUGCAAGGGAGGAAUGGUUUUUUUGUAGAAGUGGAUUCCCUCCUCUCCCCACAAAUCUUGCAGAAUGGCGUGGUUUUUUCCCCAAUUACUUCAAUUGUCUUCUAGUAAACAAUCAAGUUGUUUCAGUCUCCUUUUUCAGGUUCAUCACAUUCCUUUCUUCAGCUAUGGAACAAGUUUAAGGAACCCAUGUUUAUGGCCUCCAUGUUUCAUUUGUAGAACCAUUCCACAAGACCUCCUUCUGGGCUAAGAACAUUUGCUGUGUUCUAUCAUUUCCUGUUCUUGGAGAGAUGGAGAACAAGCUCCCUUAAGUUCCAAUUUAACUAUGUUUAUGUCACCGAGUGAUUGCUUUUGAUUUCCAAUCAAGGCACCGAAGGAUGAGAAUCAGUCAGGGUAGGCCUCCUGCAUCAUCCUUCAAUUCUUGGAUGGAAAUAGACAUCUCAAGGACGUGUCUUGCUCACUUUGAAGAGAAGAGUGAAUUAGGAACUCAGAUUUCGUAUCUGAUGCUGAUUUUAGUUCAAGAAGAGAAGGCUUUUUAUUCAUUCCACCUCGCUCCCUCUACUCAGUUUUAGCUCAGAUCCCAGUUGGCUUUGCAAUAAACAAGAUCAACUCAUGGUUUGGAGAAAAUUAGCUUUGUUUAUGCCAGGUCCAUACAAAAGUAGAGAGAUUUCUCAUCUCUGUUCAACAGAGGCAUGAAAAGUAAGCCAGAUUUAGGCAACUGGCAGAAUGAGGCCCUCCCUCCCGUUCCCUGUGCCAACUAACCUAAAAUUAAUCCCAUCUGGCAACAUAAAGAAGGAUAUACUUUUUUUAUAACUUAUUUUUUUAUAUUUGUAAAUACAAGAUGUUUAUAGGAAAGUACGUAUUCUAAACGAUGUCUAUGCAGAUCAAGCCACUACAGCAAAAUAGUUCUAUUAUUUAGAAAGCGAUAUUUUUUUGUGGUGUAUUUUUAACAAACAAACAAACAAAAAAGGGACUAAAAUUGUAUUUAUUUAUAUAUUCCACUGCCAUGUUUGUCCAGUUUUUUUGGUAAUACUAAUCAGCUUUUAGCCUGGAAAUUUUAUACCAUGUCGAAUAUAUCAGUAUCAUACUUAAAUCCAUAUUUAAUGGGUAUGUUUUUUAAAAAAAUUCCAUGGUUAACCAUCCAUUUUUACAAAUGGCUUCUCGUGUUAAAAAGUGAGAGAUGUAUAAGUUAAAAGGACCUCUAGACUAGUUCAGGUUUUAUAUGCUCAGCAAUCCACCUGGACUGCAUCUGUACAGCAUACUUUUAAUAUUUGUACACAUAUUGGCCAAUGAGGAAAAAAAGAUAUUUUUGCUUAUGACUAAUUUAUUUUUUAUUAUUGUGAAAAAAUAAUAAAGACAUUAAAUAAA